AUGAAAUACCUCACGAUGACACGUGACGACAUAAAGUCGAUGAAUACGCACGCCAACAUCGACAAGGUAACCGUCGGCGCAGGCAUUCUUCGUUUCGAUACCAACGGUCCCAAGAUUCUGCUGCUUCGACGGAACGCCAAUGAGAAGUAUUAUCCCAACGUGUUCGAGAUGCCCGGUGGCAAGGUAGACGCCACGGAUACAAGCAUUCGCGACGCUCUCGUCCGGGAAGUCGCUGAAGAGACUUCCCUCCACGUCCGUGACGUUCUCGGUCCUCUGCAACCCAUCACCUACACCACCGAGAAGCGUGAGAAGGACGCUUCCGGUCAUGACAAGAUCAUCAGCCGCAAAGCAUUGCAACUAAGCUACGUCGUCACCGUUCAGGAGGGAACCGAUUUCAAGGUCAAUCCCGCGGAGCACUCGAUGGGCAUCUGGACCAAUCUCCAAGCCCUCUCCCACUUGACCAUCACCGAGGAGAUGAAGAGCCUGGUAACGGAGGUGCUCUCUUGGGCAGACAAACAAAUGCCUAGGAACACCAAGAACUGGGAGUUCUCGAAUACACCCUCGUUUUAUACAUUAUCACCACUUGGUGGCGGAAAGCAAACCUCUACCUGA